GUAGCAAGGUCAAAAGUGAAAAAAUGCAAAAGCGCAAGCGCGACAACGACGACGACACGGCGGCGGCCUUUGGCGGGUCCCGGUUUUCAUUCAACUUUGCUGGAGCAGCCAGUGACACCCCCGCGGAGGUAGCCACCUCCGCCGCUAUGGCUUUCCCGGGCCACCCAACGUCAGCAAGCAUCAAGCAGCAGUGCUCGAUCGGUGAAUCCACGAUACCGGCGGGCACGCUUGUCGCCAUUGACUGGGCCCGCAGCUCGUGGCUGCAGCUAUUCGUUCGAGUGACAAGCGACGCCUCGGGUAUCGAAGGUCUGGUGCAUCCGCAGUUUGUCGCUCUUCCCCACCGCGACCAACCGUCGUCAAACUCGUUCACAUCGCACGACACGUCGUGGACGUUCGACGCAGUGUUCGAUCCAUCCUUCACUGGGUGCCAGUUGCCGCUGCACUUUUCCACGACGCCACUGAUCGUCGACUCGAACCUGCAGUCGCUCGUGUGGCCAUUGCAUGUGUCCACAUUUCAGCGCCAAGUGUAUAACCAAAAGGCGUUCGUGGUGCACGGAUCUACCCACCGUCUUGAGACGCUGCGGCAAGACCUCCACCAGUUCGACGUGUCCGCACUCAUCCAGAACGCAUCGCGCACCAUCGCAUGGCUCAAGCAGACCCGUCCACCGUAUCGCAUGCAGUAUCUGGACGUGUCGUCGCCCGACAUUGCCGCCGCCUGCUACGCCGCCGGGCAUUCGCUGUACUUUAACCCGUCCCCAGAAGUCCAAGACCGAUACAUUCGCGCGAUUUGCGCCGACUUGGGGCUCAACUUUACCAGUGGACUGCUGGAUGGCGGCAUCGGCGGGGACAUUGAGCUGUUUGCUGUCCAAUCCAAGCACCAUACGCCAUGGCAUUUCGACGCGCAGCACAACUUUACGGUGCAAUUGACAGGCACAAAAGAGUGGUCGUAUGCCAAGGGCCCGCUGACCGACCCUAUGUCCAACCUACACCUGUCGUCGUCCAACACGGCGUCCGUGCUCGAGGACACGUUGGCGCACGCGAUGGCGGGGGCGACCGACCUGACGCCGCCCACGUCGUCCUUUGAGACGGUGACACUUCGCCCGGGGUCUGUCUUGUACUUGCCCGCAGGGUACUGGCACUCUGUGACGUCGUUCGACGAAGGAUCACUGUCGAUGAACUUUUCGAUCGAUGGCGCACGGUGGAUGGACGUGGCGUGGAAUCGGCUGAUGCCAGCAUUAGCCUCGCACCCAGCAUGGCGGGAGCGCCCCGACUUUUCGCAGGGACCCGACCACGCGCGUGCGCAGUGGAAGGCGCGGCUCGGGGCGCUGGCCACGACCAUUCAAGCCAUGGCGGACGAGGUCGACGCCGUGUUUCCGGACGCGUUGUUCCAAGAGCCUGACGUGGAUGGCGACGACGCGGCGGCGGUGCGGACGCUGGAACCAUCCGAGGACUCGACCUCUGAGAUGCUAAGUCCGUUGACAGUGUUGACGCGGAGUCCUGUGCACGUGUCGCAGCUGGUGACGACUGGACAUAAUCCUCUCGAGUAUACGAUUGCCAUGGGCGGGUAUCGGAAGUUUGCGGACGGGUGCAAAGCCGAAACCCAGACGACGGUGCGGGUCCCUAGCGGAUUGAAGCCCGUGGUCGAAGUCCUGCGAGUGGCGGCCGCCGGGACGACGUGGACGCUCGGGGCUCUGGAGGAGCAAGUACCGGACGCCGCCACCACCCUCCUCCUCUCUCCCUUGCGAUGUUUGGUCGACCUCUUGGUGCAGAGCGGGUACCUCCAAGUGACAGACGACCCCAAGCUCCGAUAAACAGACUCUCGAUACUAGCUAGCAUUGUUAAAUCCAUACAAACGUUCUGGAGAAUAUCCUAGCCAAUCAAAGUGUCCUAACGAAACAUUUCAACCAAUCA